AUUACUUUGCUCUAGACUAAAGUUAGCUACCAUUUUCCUGCGUUUUUAAUGACAAGGCUAUAGCUAUCCACGUUUAUUGGUAAUUCAAAAGUAUAAUCUUUUAGUUUAGACACUGUGCAAAAGUUUUUCUGUUUUGUGCAAAAACAAUUAUGAUGAAAAUAUACUCUAUUCUCGUGUUUGCUUGCUGCACACUUUGCGUAACAAGCUUUUCUACCAGAGAUGUUCUUUCAUCCGUGCAGGAUUUCUCCAAAGAAUCUGGAUUACAGUGUUACGGUGCCCACAGGUCGUUGGAGAAAUGCUUGGACCUUCAAAAUCGAUGUGCAACGGUUCAGUUCACCAUCACAUCUAUGCAACCACACAUUCACCAAACCACUUUUACCUGCGCUGAUAAUAGACUAUGUGCGGAUCCAAAAGCCUUCUGUGCACUUAUGCAAAAAGAAAUUGCACCAAUACAGAUCGCGAACUGCUCUAUGGCCUGCUGUUCAACUAACGGUUGCAAUGCACCGACGGAGAUGAUCAAUAAUGAUGUAGAAGUGGAAGAGCGUAAUUUAUUCAAGGGUUGGCAAAUAGAACACGGCAAGCAAUAUAUAAACCAAGAAGAAGCAGAAAAACGAUUUCAAAUCUUUAGUAAAUCGCUUAAGACAAUCAAAGAGUUUAACAACAGAGUGGAUAGAACUUGGGAAAUGGGUUUGAAUGAAUUUUCCGACCGAACUUUUGAAGAGUUUGCCUCCAUACGCUUGAUGAUGCCACAGAACUGUAGUGCUACCAAAGGAAACCAUGUUAGUCUUGGGUUUGAACCACCAGCACAGAUUAACUGUUUAGAGAAAGGAAACUUUGUAACUGCAGUCAAGAAUCAGGGCUCGUGUGGGAGUUGUUGGACCUUCUCCACCACAGGAUGUUUAGAAUCGGCCACAGCAAUCCACAAGGAAGGCAACCCACUCGUUAGUUUGUCGGAACAACAACUUGUAGAUUGUGCGCAAGCGUUUAAUGAUCAUGGAUGUAAUGGAGGUUUACCGAGCCAAGCAUUUGAAUACAUCCAUUAUAACAAAGGUUUGAUGACAGAAGCUGAUUAUCCAUACCAGGGUGUGGAUGGUAAAUGUCACUUUGUUGCAAGCAAGGCAUCAGCGUUUGUAAAACAGAUUGUCAAUAUUACCAAGGGAAAUGAGGAUGGGAUUAAAGAAGCUGUUGGUUUGUUGAACCCAGUCAGUAUCGCAUUCGAUGUUGCUAAGGAUUUCAGACAUUAUAAAAGUGGGGUCUAUUCAAGCACACUUUGUGGCAAUAAAGCAAGUGAAGUGAACCACGCAGUGUUGGCGGUGGGUUACGGCUACACUAGUAAUGGUCAGGAUUAUUGGCUGGUGAAGAACUCAUGGGGACCACAGUGGGGUAUUAAUGGAUAUUUCAAAAUAGAAAGGGGUUCUAACAUGUGUGGUCUUGCUGAUUGUGCUUCGUAUCCUGUGAUCGUGUAAGAUGGGACAUUUCACAUCAUCUUAUAACUAUAAUAAUUCUAUAAUAGGCAGAAUAUUAAUAAUUUCUUAAUGGGUUAUUUGGUAUAAAAACAUAGUGUAUUUCCAACGUUGGCUCAUAGUGUAUUUCCAACGUUGACUGUUGAAAGAUUUACACUAUACCUGGUAGCAGAAGUAACAGGAUACAUGUAUUGCACACCAUCUAAGAACUAUAAUAAUUAUCUUACUUCUGCUACCAGGAGAAAUAACAUCUUUUUUGGCCAGGAGAAAAUUUUUUUUUACCAGGAGAAAUAACAUCUUUUUUGGCUCAUUCCAUAUAAAAUUUUAAUUACAUUCUAAAGUUUGUCUUCCAUACAGUAAAACUUCAUCAGAGUUGACCAACAAUAAUUAUAUUAUCUGUACAAUAUAUUCCAUAACUCUUAGCACAGUUUAUUUGGUUGAUUUAUGAGAUUAUAUAAAUGAGAUUUAAUUUGUUCAAAUUUAUUCCAGUAUAUUUUGUUCCCUGUAGAGCAAAUGUUUUUUAAAAUACUUUGAACAACCAUGCAUAUUGAAACUAAUGAUUUUAUGCUCAACAUUUGCUGAUGAUUUUAAAUUUUUAUUGUUUUUUAUAACUCCUACAGCACUUUCCACAAAGUUUGAUGUGUUCUGUAGUAUUUGAAGCUUGAUUUAUUGUUGGUGUGUUACAGUGUUUGCAGGGUGUAGAAUAAUAUUCACGGAGCUACUAUUAUAUUUCGGAAAGAGAUUUGACUUUUUUCAUAAAGGGCCGAGAUUUUAUUUGUGCCGUACAGUGUGACAUCAUCAGGUUAUGAUGUCAUCCUGUUAAAUAUAUUGUUCAACACACAUUCUCACAAUUGUAGCAGCAUUAAGUCUUGAGCCUGUAUCUUCUAAGACCACAAACAAAAAAAUGCCAGUAGAUCCAUUUCAGAGAAAACUUGGUCAUAAUAGCUUAUCUAUAAUAUUAUUUCAAUAUCAUCGAUUAUUGUUUAAAAAUCUGAAAAUAAACAUCUACUAAUCAUUGCA